AUGGUCGACUACGACUUCCCCAAACCGCCACGCUCGCUCGCCAACAAAGUCGCCAUCAUCACCGGCGCGGGCGCCCACGGCGACGGUAUAGGCAACGCGCGGGCCAGCGCCAUCUUACUGGCGGACGAAGGCUGCACCGUCGUCUGCGUGGACCGGGCGCUGGACUUGGCGCAGCGCACCGUCGAGAUGAUCCGCGCCGAGGGCAAAUCUGAGGCUAUCGCCCUGGAAGCCGACGUGACGGUCGAAGCGGACUGCAAGCGGAUCGUCGACACGACCAUGGCCAACUUCGGCAGGCUGGAUAUUUUGUUCAAUUGCGUGGGCAUCGGCGGCGCCACGGGGACGGCGGCGGACGUCGACAUGGCCGCGUGGGCGAGCAGCAUGACGGUCAACGUGGCCAGCAUGGUGAUGAUGGCCAAGUACGCGAUCCCGGAGAUGGUCAAGAACGAGGACGAGUGGGGGUAUCGCGGCGCGAUCAUCAACAUGGGCAGCGUGGCGGGGAUCAAGGGCGGGACGCCGCACCUGCUGUACCCGACGAGUAAAGGCGCGGUGGUCAAUAUGACGAGGGCCAUGGCCGUGCAUCAUGCGGCGCAGGGGAUAAGGGUGAAUUGUGUGUGUCCUGGGAUGGUUUACACGCCCAUGAUGUACGCGGGGGGUAUGUCCGAGGAGGCGCGCGAGGCGAGGAAGAAUCGCAGUCUGCUCAAGACCGAGGGCAAUGGGUGGGAUGUCGGCUGUGCUGUGAGAUUUCUGGCCUCUCCAGAAAGCAGGUGGAUUACGGGUUUGAUCUUGCCGGUCGACGCUGGGGUCACGGCCGCGGUAGGGACGGACAUACCUAGGUCGGCGAGCGUCAACCCUUGA